GUUCACAUCAUGACACUGAAGAAUUAGUCACUCAUAUUCUGCAAAUAUAGGAUUUUUUAUUUUAUGAAAAUGAGUAAACACUGAGAAAUUAAGAAAUCGUUCAAUAUGGGAGGGCUUUGGUCUUUUUUUCAACGGAAAGACCCCAAAACUCCGGUGAAAGGCCUCCAACACCGUAUUAAGAAUAUUGCAAUCAAUAAUUUUAGAGGUUUACUCGGAUUCUUCAUACCAUUGUUUGCAUUGAGCUGGCAAGGAGAGAGAUUAAAGCAUGACAUAACAGUACAGUGUAUAUGGAUAUGGAUGUUUUGUUUUUUUUUACUGCAACCAGUUGCAGUUCAAGUCACUGGUAUUAUUCCUAUCUUCAUACUGCCAAUGGCCGGAGUAUUGUCUACCAGCAAUACCUGCGCUUGUUACUUUAAUGAUUCUAUGGCAUUAUUUAUUUUAAGCGGAAUGUUACUAUUGUUGCUAAAUAACUCCGGAUUUGAUCGCCGUAUAGCUUUAUGGUUAUUAUCAUCAGGAGAUACUUGCCAGUUUUCUGGUAAAAGACUUGUAUUCAAAUGCAGCACAGCAGCCUUCUUUCUAUCAAUGUUUAGUAACAGACUGUUAGUUACAUCUACCCUGACAGAGUACAUGACCUCUGCAUUGACAGAUUUACAGAGUGCAACAUCUAAAUAUAGAAGCACAGAGCCGGAUUAUGACGAAAUGAGAUAUAUAAUCAAUAAUGCCAUACAAACAGCCUCAGGAAUAGGUAGUAUUGCUAUUAUACAUGCAACCUAUUCUGGACUUGCUUUUAAAGGUAUUUGGUCAGAGAGUCCUCCAGAAGGGUCUGAAUAUCCAGAUAUAUUCAAUUAUCUACAAUAUUCGCUAUUUGCCUUUCCCGUUGCAUUCAUUAUGUAUGUGUUAAAUUUUUCUUACCACAUGCUGCUCAUUAACUGGUUUGUUAAAAAACCCAUGAGUGCUAGCAGUAUGGCUGAAAUGCAAAAAUCCAUUUUAAAACACAAAGAAGCUAUACCUCCCCAACUUACUCUGCAUGAGAAGCUUACUGUAGUUUUUAAAAUCGUUGUACUUCUUGUAUUUUUUCUCCGAUGGUACAAGUUUAGUAAUAUGGGAUGGGCUAAUUUUAAUGCAAACCCUACUACUCCGCCUAUACCUAAAGUCAAGGAUGCUACUGUAGCUGCAUUAUUUGUGCUUUUACUCCACAUUUUACCAAAGGGAUUUGGAUUUAUGAAGUAUAUUUCAGCAGAAAAGAAAAGUGAGCUACCUCCUUUAAAACCGGAAUCGGCAAUUCUUUGGUGGCGCUUUGUAGAUAAAAAUACCAAUUACGGAUAUUUGUUUUUAUUAGGCGCUGGUGUAGCACUGUAUGCCGCUGCGAAAGAGACUGAAUUAUGCAAAACUAUAGGAGAACAUUUAGGCAAACAAUUUACUGACCAUAAUUGGAAUACUUCUUUGUUCCUCGUAUGUCUCGUUACAGUUAUACUGAGCAAUGUAAUGACAAGCACAGCAGUUGUAGUUGUUUUCUUACCAUUUGUUUUAUGUAUGGCACUAGAAGGUCAAGUACCGUGGCCGACUAAAUCCUAUUUAGGUGCACUUGCUGUAGGUAUUGGAUCCUCGUUUGGAUUUAUGUCACCUUUCUUGUACACACCUGCAUAUUUAUGCCAUAACACUGGAAAAGUUCCCAUGUUAAAAAUGGCAAAAUAUUCUUUUUUAAGUUCAGUAAUAUGUCUUAUUAUAUUAUGGUUGGCCCUUGUAUAUUGGGGACCAUUUUUAUGGGAUCCCGAAGACGCUGGCAUCCAAUCUAUAGCAAUAUCUGGUGCAGAGGGAGAAGGAGGAGGAAAAGGAGGGGGAGAAGGAGGGGCAGAAGGAGGGGGAGAAGGAGGGGCAGAAGGGGGAGGUUAAUUAAAUGGUACAAAAUAUCGAAGACCAUAUAGUAUGGACAAGUAUAUUUAUGUCUAAUAUUUUUUUGUAUAAACCAAUUAUUUACCAUUCAAUAACUUUAUCAGCAUGUUAUUUCAAUUGUAAUCUGGUAAAAACAGUAAAGUGUGGUUUAUUUAUUUUAAUAUACAUAUGUUCAUUUAUUUAAAACGUUAAUACUUUUGUUUUGAUAUUAGGUUGCUUGUGGGAAUAGGAUUACAUAUUUUUUUAUUUAUUAACUAGCUGACCCCGCGAACUUUGUACCGCCUUGGUGAUUCUUUAAUUUUUAUUUUUUUUUAAUACUUAUUCUGUUAUUUGGGACGCCGGGUCAGUUAGUAAGAUAAAAAAAGAAAAAGUUAAUAAGUCAAUAAUUAAAUUAUAUCAACAAAUAAAAAUUAUAAAACACGCCGUAUAUUCCAUGUAGUUAUUCCUCGGUCUUCCUCUUCCACAUUUACCCUCUAUUUUUCCCUCUACUAUGCUCUUAAAAAAAUCGUCAUGUCGUAUAAGGUGGCCCAGCAUUUUGCCUCUUCUAUUCUCUAUUAUUUUAAUAAAUGUUCUUUUCUCGUUCACUCUUUUCAGGACUUCCUCAUUCGUUAGUUUUUCUGUCCAGCUUAUCCUUUCCAUUUUCCUCCAUGUCCACAUUUGGAAUGAAGAAUAAAUAAUAAAUAACAAUAAUAUUAGACAUAUACAUAUUACAGUACUUUAGUCUCAAAUUAAGCAGACUUUAUGCACGAUGACAGCUAAUAGGAAUAAAAUAUUUAUGAUACAUGUUAUAGGUAACUCAAGAAAAUAUUAACAUUACAAAUACUAAAAGAUUUCAUUGUUCAUUUUUAGUUUGCAACACCGGUUUGUAUAUUAAUAAAUCUUUUAAUUUCAUUAGGAAUCUAUUAACGUCCCAUUGCAUUAGUCUCUUCUAUAAGAGGGGGAUAUAGCUUACUAGCUUUUACCUACAACUUCAUUAAUGUGAUCGAGAUAUGUUUACUGACUGGGAUAAAAAAUUGCCUAUAAUCUUCUCCAUUCCAUAUAUAAAUUUCAAAUUGAAUGGUUAGUCCAUUAAGGCACUAUAAGGUAACUUUCACAUUUGUAAUAUUAGUAAAAAUUACCACUACACAGGCGGUUUGGUAUAAUUUUUCAAGUUUUUCUUCUUUUGUACUGGUUUA